AAUGUGGCAAAGUAGAUAAUCUCCCUCCCCUGGUACUUAGAAACGGCCUAUCAGGGCUCAGUCAUUGCUUUAUAAAGGCUGUGAUUAGGCUACCUGGGAUGCGUCAUUGUUGGCCCCGCCCAUCCGGUACGUGUGCGCUUCCGCCUAACAAAGGUGGAGUCGCCUUUUUGCAGCUUGAAUAGCCAAUUAUUCCUGGCUUCGCUGUGGUUUUUAGGCUGUUUUUGCCACCUGGUUAGACUGAUUUCAUUCAAGUAAUCUUCUGAGACUUGUGCUGUGAGCAACUGUAUGAGGCCCCUGAGUCGGGUGGCUAGCUGUCCUAGUAUCCUGGUGGUGGUGGUGUUUGGAGCACGGAGUGUGGAUUGUCGUUUGUAGUCACUCACCUCACUGUGUGUGUGUGUGUGUGUGUGUGUGUGUGUGUGUGUGUGUGUGUGCUUUUACGAAUAGCCACUUUUGCAGCUAGCCUACCCUGCUAGGGGUAAGCCUUCGUAAAACUGAUUAAUGUAUGCCUGGUCGAAUCAUAUCUUUGCCUGAUCUUUUAAAAGGUGUAUUUUCUACUUUGUGAAUUUAAUAAAUGGUUUAUACGCUAGUGCCUCUGUCUCUGCCUCCUAUGGUAACGAACCUGUGUGUCUAAAUUCCAUCAAGUAUUUAGUUCCCCUCACUUUAGAGGGGUGGCGUAGUCGGUAGUUAUAUCAUAAUUAAUUAACUUCAAGUUGCCACGCCCACAUUCUGGCGUAGUCGGCAGGGUACCGUGUUUGGCGGAGACACUGGUAUUAGUGGUUGUAUUUUUGUUUUUUUUCUUUUAUUUUUCUGUUGCAGUGAGAUUGAUAAGGAGUAGCAGCAAAACAGCAGCGCACGUCUGGUGGAUUCUGAUUCUUUGUGAGUCUACUCCCUCUUGUUGGUAAGUGUUACGGCCGUCAAAAUUAUGGAAGAAGAGUUACAGGAACUGAGGGAAGUAGUAGCUCAGUUGCGGGCAGAAAAUGAGAGGUUGCGUCAAGACCACUUUCUUGCGCUUCCUGGCCCUAGUGAUGCACCUUCUAUUGUUCCUGGUCCUUCUGUUGCUGCCCCCCCUCAGCCAAGUAGUGCACAGGCAGUCCUGCCAGAACGAUUCGUUUUUGUACCUCGAGACAGGAAAUGUCAAAAAUUCAAUGGCAGGGUUGGUCUGAGCAUUGAUGAGUGGGUUGAAGAGGCCAAAGCUUGUAUGCAGGCUCGUCACCUGUCUGUUUCUGAUCAAGCUUUCUUCUUGUUUGACCACUUGGAGGGGGAGGCAAGGGAAGAGAUUAGGUACCGUUCGGAGAUUGAGCGAAAUGAUCCAGAUAAAAUUAUUUUGGUGUUACGGGAAUUAUACGGUUGCUCACAGUCAUAUGUCUCAUUACAGGAGGCAUUUUUUUCUAGAAAGCAGCAGGAGGGUGAAUCAUUGUUGGAGUUUUCCCUAGCUUUGAUGGGUCUCCUAGAACGUGUGACGCAGCGAUCGCCGUAUGUUAUGCCAAAUUCACAAGUUUUGCUACGCGAUCAGUUCAUUGAACAUGUUUGUGACGUGGCCCUUCGCCGAGAAUUAAAACAGUUAAUACGUCGUCAGCCAAUGUUAACAUUGUUGGAAGUUCGAAGCGAAGCUCUAAGAUGGGAAAGGGAGGGGAUGUCGGGGAGUACGAGAGGACGAAGCAAUUCCGUUCCAUCCGCCUAUGGGAUUCAGUAUGGUGUACAAGGUGAGUCACGUAGUCAGCCUCCUCACCGCGGCCCCAUUAUAUGUAGGAGGUGCCAACGACUUGGCCACUUUGCUGGAGAGUGCGAUGGGGAGCGUGUUCCCCCUCGUCCGCAACCCCCUUUGCCCGCUGCGUCGUCACCUGAGGGUAGACAGCCUGGUCCAUUUGCGUUGUCGGGAAAUUAGUCCCCACCGUGUCGCCGAGCCAAGGCGCGGUUGGGGAAUUGACCGGCUCUAGUGUUUCAAGUAUGUCUCAUUUAAUGUCUUCAUGCCCGCACCUUGUUAUUCGAAUGGGUGGGGUCCAAAUUUCAUGUUUGGUCGAUACUGGCUCCAUGGUGUCCACAAUAACGGAAAGUUGGUUUCGUAAAUAUUUUGAACCAUGGGGUCCGGAUCGACUUAAGUCAUGCCAGUAGCCGUCAUGGCAGAGCACUUGUAACAAGUGUCUCGUGUUUCUCGUCGAGUAGCCGUCAUGGCAGAGCACUUGUAGCAAGUGUCUCUAGUGUUUCUCGUCGAGUAGCCGUCAUGGCAGAGCACUUGUAACAAGUGUCUCGUGUUUCUCGUCGAGUAGCCGUCAUGGCAGAGCACUUGUAACAAGUGUCUCGUGUUUCUCGUCGAGUAGCCGUCAUGGCAGAGCACUUGUAACAAGUGUCUCGUGUUUCUCGUCGAGUAGCCGUCAAGGCCAGAGGACUUGUAACAAGUGUCUCGUGUUUCUCGUCGAGUAGCCGUCAAGGCCAGAGGACUUGUAACAAGUGUCUCGUGUUUCUCGUCGAGUAGCCGUCAAGGCCAGAGGACUUGUAACAAGUGUCUCGUGUUUCUCGUCGAGUAGCCGUCAAGGCCAGAGGACUUGUAACAAGUGUCUCGUGUUUCUCGUUGAGUAGCCGUCAAGGCCAGAGGACUUGUAACAAGUGUCUCGUGUUUCUCGUUGAGUAGCCGUCAAGGCCAGAGGACUUGUAACAAGUGUCUCGUGUUUCUCGUUGAGUAGCCGUCAAGGCCAGAGGACUUGUAACAAGUGUCUCGUGUUUCUCGUUGAGUAGCCGUCAAGGCCAGAGGACUUGUAACAAGUGUCUCGUGUUCUCGUUGAGUAGCCGUCAAGGCCAGAGGACUUGUAACAAGUGUCUCGUGUUCUCGUUGAGUAGCCGUCAAGGCCAGAGGACUUGUAACAAGUGUCUCGUGUUUCUCGUUGAGUAGCCGUUAAGGCCAGAGGACUUGUAACAAGUGUCUCGUGUUUCUCGUUGAGUAGCCGUCAAGGCCAGAGGACUUGUAACAAGUGUCUCGUGUUUCUCAUUGAGUAGUAUGGUCAGUGGUUAGAGUUGUGUUAUCGUCGGGGCGACGAUAAAAUAGCUGGGGCAGAUUGUGGCAAAGUAGAUAAUCUCCCUCCCCUGGUACUUAGAAACGGCCUAUCAGGGCUCAGUCAUUGCUUUAUAAAGGCUGUGAUUAGGCUACCUGGGAUGCGUCAUUGUUGGCCCCGCCCAUCCGGUACGUGUGCGCUUCCGCCUAACAAAGGUGGAGUCGCCUUUUUGCAGCUUGAAUAGCCAAUUAUUCCUGGCUUCGCUGUGGUUUUUAGGCUGUUUUUGCCACCUGGUUAGACUGAUUUCAUUCAAGUAAUCUUCUGAGACUUGUGCUGUGAGCAACUGUAUGAGGUGUGUGUAACGCUGUAGUCAAUACCUGUAGGACAAAGUUUUGGGAACGUCCGCCUGUUUGCGGGUGGGGAAGAUCGCCUCCUGCAUAAUAGCAGAUUAAAGACGGCGUUGCUGUUUUGCUGUUUUGCUGUUUUGCUGUUUUGCUGUUUUGCUGUUUAAUUAAGUUUUGUUGUGCUCGUAUCAUUGUAUGGUUUU